AUGCAAAAACUCUCGUACAACUGUCAGAGCGAUGUCAAAUACGCGUUGCGUAUAACUCGUCAGAUUAUGAUCGUGCUCGGUGUCUGGCCGUCUUCCAGCAUAAAGAACACGACUUACGAAAGAUUUGUAAAGUUUCUGUUGCUUGUCGUCUCGCAAGUGAUGCUUACAUGUACCUUAAUACCCAAUGUAUUUUUCUGGCUGAUGGAGAAAGAAACGCGCGUCCGUCUCAGGAUGUUCCCAUCGAUUGUCUUUGGUGUCGUGGUCUCAGGCAAAUUCGGCAAUUUGAUUCUUCGUCAGAAUCAGCUGAGACACUGCCUGAAGUAUCUCGAAAAGGACUGGAAGACAAUCGGCACUUCAAGCGCGCGAGGCGUGAUGCUGGAAACCGCGGAGAUCGGCAGACGACUCGUCGCGAUCUGUGCAGCAUUUCUGUACAGUAGCGGAAUGUGUUUCGCGGCUAUUCUGCCGCUGACCAGAGAGAAACUCUACGACGAGAACAACAACACACUUCGACAAUUACCGUAUCCGGCCUAUCUCUUCUCGCUGAACACGCACGCCAGUCCCGUUUUUGAGAUAUUGUAUGCGAUUCAAUCGAUGGGCGGAAUGAUCGCGCUGCUUGUGUCGAUGGCCGCGUGCGGUCUCGUCAUCGUCUUUGUGAUGCACGCUUGCGGACAGUUGAGAAUUCUGAUGGAUCUGAUGCAGAGUUUCGUCGACGAGUGGCGGGACGAGCAAGAAAUAGACAAGAAGUUAGCCAACUUGGUCGAUCAUCAGACACGAUUGCGCAAUUUCGUACAAUCGGUGCAGCUCACUAUGCAACAAAUAUGUUUAAUGGAAGUAGCGGGGUCCACAUUAUUGCUUUGUAUACUAGGUUAUCUCAUGAUAAUGGAAUGGGAAAAUAGCAAUGCGAUAGCAAUGUGUUCCUACUUUGUAUCCCUCGCGACCGCAGUAGUAAAUAUGUUCAUGUAUUGUUACACAGGCGAGCAACUUAUCGUGCAGGCGGAGAAAGCGGCUGUCAUGUCCUGCGAGCUCGAGUGGUAUCGUCUUCCGGAUAGAAAAGCGCGAACGAUAGUGCUGGUGAUGAUCGUAUCCAACAUCUCGACCAAGAUCUCCGCUGGGAAUAUCUUCAACUUGUCGUUCAAGACGUUCGGUGAUAUACUCAAAACAUCCGCGGCGUAUUUCAAUAUGCUUCGGAAUGUAACCGCCUGA